GUAAAAUUGACUGGGAAGUGAGUCCUAAGGAAAAGGGUCAGAAAUACUGGAUUUCAGCAUAACAAGAGCUUAACCAAUCUCACUCUGGCUGUGUCCUGCUUCCCCGAGCAGCCACAGAGCCCCGAGCAGAGCAAGGCUGCUGGGACAGUGUCAGCUCCAGGGCACCAAGGGAUCAGCCCGUGCUCAGAGCAGCUACAAACUCCAUCCUACACACACGAUUCUCUCAGCUGCUUCCCCUCCAAAGAGCCACUGCCUCUUUUUUUUUAAUUUUUCCUUUGCUUAUUUAAUUCCCUGGGAUUUGAUCAGUGCUGUCUCCUCCUCACUGCAGGCAGCAAACACAGCCUGGGAAUUCGAGGCCAUUCCCACAGUGACAGCCUGGGAGUCCCAGGCAGCUGCACAAGUGACUUUGAAAAUGGAUCUGCAGGACGUUUUCCAGCCUGUGCUGGAGCUGGAGUAUCUGCAGAUCCACAGCUUAUCAAUACAGUCACUUGAUAGUGCAGGCACAGCUGCUCGUUGUGAUAACACCUUUGGACUGCAACACCUUCCCUGGGGUGAUCAGGCGAGCUCAGGCAACCAUUCCAAAGUCCAUGCCAAGGGAUUUGUGCCAAGAGCCAAGGGCUUGCUCUGGAUCAGAGCUCGGAGUCCCCAGGACUAGAGAAAAGUAUUGAGAAGGUAUUUGACCUCAGUAAUACACACAGAAUUCUCAACUCCCCCCCUCUUCCAUAGCUGCUGACUGAUUUUGGUUUGGUUUAGCCAGGUUGGUUGUUUUCAGUGCUCUCUCAUUUUCUUUUUAAGUAAUGUUCAGUUUGGCUGUACAGACGACAAGUAAGGAAAAACUGCAACAUUUCCAGAAUUUUCUGAUCUCUCUUCUCCACUGGGAACUGGACGGUGAUGUCAUGCUGCUUGGCUGCCCCCCUGUUGCAGCUCAUGGCAUGCAGCACUGGGGAUAACCCUGCAGUGACUGCAGCUUUUUGAUAGGAUGGUGUUGAUGCUUGCCUGCUGUAGCUGCACACAUGGUCAUGAUGAUAAGAUGAGGUUUCUCUUGGCUCAUAUCUGUCUGGGUCAUGGACAAGGCCUUUGCUCCACUCCUCUCUUAGGCAGGGACAGUGAGCACAGAACUGUUGUGAUGUGUCCUCAAUUCCCUGGAAAUUCAAAGUUUUCUUGUACAGAAAGUCAUCUCUAAAGUCAAAGUCAUCUGUUAAAGCCAGAUUCAGACAGGACUCAUGAACCACUACAUGGGAAUGCAGGCUAUGUCUCAAUCAUCUUGCCCUCCUUCAAAAGGGGACAGGUAGACCUGAAGAGUCUCCUGUCUCAGUAAUGAUGGCUGAGGGACAAAACAUCUCCACCAUGAAGGAAUGUGCUGAGCAGUCUGCUGGUAUUGAGAAGGGACUUGGACAGUUGUAAAGAAUAAUUUCAAAUGUCCUUUGGGAAUUGUCUGUCUGAGCAGAGGACAAGCGUGCAGAGGCACUGGGGAUACAAACAGGUGAGAAGAGCAGUUGUGAGCACAGCCAAGGCAGGUGCACAGAUUCUGCAAACAUCAGCCUCCCUGGUUUUAGGGGUAACACAUAAAGGCUCGUCAGCAUCAGGCUCUGCUGAGUGCACACCCAGUUUCAGGGACCGGGUUUCUUGGUAGGUUUACACUUACCCUGAACGCUCUGAAAUUGCAAGAGCAAUGCCAGCAGCUGCUGUGUGGGCUCCAUGCUCUGGUUUCAUUCAUUCACCCACCAGCCCCGUACGGUGACAGAACACUGUGCACAAGGAUUACCCAAUACCCCAACAAAUGUGGGGAGCAGGUGCUCUGUGAGCCCAGCAGCCCUGGAGGUGUGUGUGUAUUUGGGUUUUUGCGGUAUGUAUCAUCCAAGAACCAAAAUAGACGGUAGAAAAUGUGGCAGGUUGGCAGUGGAAGGAGAAGCUGUACAGACCAGCCAUCCCAGCGCUGCUGUGGCAUCUGAGGACGUGUUUCAAUGAACAGCAACGAGCUAGGAGAAGGGAGAGGUGGGGGAAAUCCUACUGACAUUACUGAAAGGAGUUUGAGAAACACCUGCUCGACAGAGCCAGGGACUCAGGCCAAGGCUGGGAUCCUUCAAAAUCAGCACAGAACUGAGAGGGGGUGUGUGACCCUGACAGACACUGUGAGUCAAAGCAGAAUUACCUCAUGCAGAGGUGCAGGCAGUGCCUGGUCAGUGACUCACACUGACACAGAAUCCAUGGACAUUCCUUUCAUUACGAGUAUAGUUUGCAUACUUAAAAAUACAAAACCAAGUGAUAAAAAUCCCUCAGCCAUUAAGUGGUCCAAAAUUCCAUAAAUCAGGCCAGCCAAAAAUAUGUUUGCUGUUUGUAUUAAGUUUCUAUGACAUAAAUUUACACGGAUAUAUGGAUGGAAUUUUUGUGCUUGUCUCAGAUAACUUACAGAUGUCUAACUUGGAAUACUAUUUACUUGCUAUUCUUACAUUCAUUUCUGACUUACAAGCAUCUUUUUUUUUAAUUUGGAAAAUAAAGCCUUCAGAAACAAUCUUUCUCUGUAAGUUUAUUUUGACAGUUAAUUAGGUCUGUGGAGUUGCAACUUUAUGGGGCUGAUUUGUUAGGUGCUUGCACGUGUAAGUGGGAAAGAAAAAGCAGAUGAAGGAAAAAUUAUUUUAUUUUCUUAAGAGAUGCCACAAAAUUAGAGGAUUUUUUAAGAGAGAUAACAGUAGCUGUGUUUUGGAUACCACCUAGAAACCAUUCAGUGCACAAAUUUGAAAAUUUCCACAGCCUCUUAGAAAACUAUUUAUUUUAUCCUGUAGGAAAAAAACAGAUUAUCUGGUUUUAUAUUUAACAUUUUCACAUUCUAGGUAGCAGACUAAACAAAUAAUGUUCAUGUUUUAAGUAUGUGAGAAUGGGAAAGAAGAAAAACAUAGAAAAUUAUAAACAGGUUUGAGAAGUCUAGUGGGAUUCUGUACAAAGGAUGGUAGUACCUUUACAUAUUCCCAUGUCUUGCUGUUGCCUGAGCAACCAGGGAAAGCGUUCCUAAUCCUCUGCAUUUUUCCUGUAGCAUGGGUCAGCAGAGUGGAAACGUGAUUAGGGCUGUUUUUCUUUUCACAGCUGAGAGAAACAAGACAUGAAAGAUUGAAUGAAGAUCAGAAUAGCCACUGCUGAUUUGCCUUCCCCCCAAAAGGAUGGACGCUCGCUGCACUAAUUGUACUUACCAUGGAAUCAUCCAGGUUGGAAAAGGUCAUUGAGAUCACCGAGUCCGAAUCUGCGCUGGGAAUGUCACAGUUUCCAGGUGAAUGUGGUUUAGGGGAUGUUGUGCCUGAUUUCUCUCUACAAGGCCGUUUUCAUGAGCUUACAGGGCUUUGAAUGUGAUGCUCAGCUGGUGCUGGCUCACAGCUGAUUCAGUCAGCUCUCCUUUUUGGUUGGAAUGCACUCCAUGAAAUCAUACUGAAGGGUUUGUAUAUUUGCAGUAUAUUUGUAUAUUUUAGUAUAUUUGCAACCCUCAUUGAUUUGCUGUUACAUGAAAAUGAGUUAACUUCUUUCGGCCAAUGGCUGUUAAAAUAAAAAUUCUCCUGCCAUAAACCAUAAUUUCAGAUCUGUCUUCAGAACACUUCAACCGAAAAAAAAGAAGUUUUAAAAUUAGAGGACAUUGAGAUUAAAAAACCAGGAGCACUGAGGAGGCAGUGCUGGGUGCUUGUGUAACCUCUCUGAUGUUAGUGAGGCUGGAGAGGGUUAUAAAUAUAUAUAAAAUUCCAGUGAAAAUACAUGGCAACUGAGGCUCAUCACUUUUGAGAUACCAGGUUUUAACCUUAAAUGCACAAGGGACCUGUUUAGCAAUCGCUCUGAUUUCAGCAGUCCUGAAGAAAGCAGCAGCACAACAAGCAGCCAAAGAGAGAUACAAACACAAGUCAGUUCUGAGGCUUAAGAAAUCAACCAAGAAAAAGGUCAGCUCUCAAUUCCAAAUGAUGCUUCUCUUCCCUUUUUGUCUUAUAUGCUUGAAUAAACACGGGGAAAAUGGUAACAUGAAGGAAGGUGCCCAACUCUGUUUGAGGUGUCUUGGCUGCUGCUUUCAUUUGAAGCAACCAACUUUGCACUUGCACCCCUUAAAAACUGUAAAAAAAUUGAAUUAAGCUGUGCCUCGGGGAUGUGACAGAAGUUCAGAAUGUUUUUUUCAAAUAGCAUGUUAGUUCCACAGCUUGGAUUUAAAACAAAGUGAUGAAUAACUUGUUUUGAUGUUGUAACACGUGGCCCUCAGUCACCAGAGAUGUCUGGACAUCUCUGCACAAGUCAUCCCACUGUUCUUAACAGGGAACCUAAUUUGAUUGUGAUAAGCUAAUUCCAGUGCAAAUUUAAGAGUAUAAAGUUUCAAAACUGAGGUAAAAAAAUAAAGAGUUUGCAAAAGUUGGUCAUAUUAAAAAAAAAAAAAAUCAAGUAAAACCCAGUUAAAAUUCCCACAUAAAGAAGGAAAAUCACAGCAUGGUCUGGGCUGGAAGGGACUUAGCAUCUGUUUGCAGUCCCUGCUGAGGACACCUUCCACUGGAGCAGGUUACUCAGAGCUCCAUCCAAGCUAGCCUCGAACAAUUCCAGGAAUGUGGCAGCCACAGCUUCCCUGGACAACCUGUUCCAGUGCCCCACCAGCAGCACAGAGACGAAUUUUUUUCCUAUUACUCAAUCUAAACCUCCUCUGUUUUAGUUUGAAACCAUUCCCCCUGGCCCUGUCCCUACAGCUCCUGGAAAAGUCUCUCUUCAUCCUCACGGCAGGCUCCUGCCAGGUGCUGGAGGGCUGCAAUGAGCACAGCCCAAAGCUUCUCUUCUCCAGGCUGAACAAACGCAGCUCUCUCAGCCUUUGAAGUCGCUCAUCAAUUAUUGAAAUCAUUUUAUUUACUGUUUAACCAAGAAGCAAAUGCAGCUAUAGGUUGUUUUAGGGUUUGUUUUAUCCUUGGUGGUUAGGACCAUAGUGUUAUGCAGCUGCUCUUUUGAGGGCGAGAUCCUUUGUAAAUCAGUGAGAGCGUUGGGACUUUAUUUCUAAAUCCUUGAUGUGUUAUUUUUCAUGCAAGACAAGAACAGUUUAUUAUUUAUUUUCAAGUUUUGAUAUGUAAAUAGUAGACCUGUAAAAAGUAUACACCAUAUACACACAGUAUAAACUUCAAAGGUGGUAUGUAAAGACUGUUCAGCAGUAAGCAACAUCUUUCUCUUUUGCUUUUAAAGCUGCACCAAGCUCUGGUCCAACCUGGGCACUUUGCAAAACAGACUGUCACAGACUAGAUGCUCUCAGAUUCCAUGGUUAACAUACGUUAAGAGACAAAAGAUCUCCAGCUGGACUGUAAAUGAGGGAAAACAACAUUCUUUGCUUCCUUCUAAAACAGUUAAUUCUAUAAAUUCAGAUGGUGAUAUUAUGCAAUACUCUGCACAGAGUGGGAGGUGGAACACACAUAUGCUCAAGUAUGUGGCAUGCUCUAUAAAAAGUAAGUGUGGGAGCCUCUGCAAUUCCUAUCUCAAUUCUUAUCUCAGUUGCUAACUUAACUUCUUCCUUGUUCAAUCCCCUCUGUCCCUCUCUCACUGUCCCCCAGCCUGUCACACCUCUGCAUGUGAAGAGGCCAUCUGGACCCGAAAUAUUGGUCCACAAAAUAAGUACAGGCUCUUGCUAUUUACACCGUUUGUUUGAUGUCGCUUGUUUAGAUUAACUGUGGCAGGCAAAGGUUCUCUGGGAGCGGAGUCGGGCUGGACUCUGGCACCUGACCACGCUUCAGGGUGUUUCCCGGGACCCCACGCCUCCCGCAAAAAAAGCGGGCUGCAAAAUGAGGACACCCAAAAUGAGCCCGGACAAAAAGCCCACCUCAUCUCCCGCGGCCUGACGGCUCCCGGCUGCGAGGUACCGGCCCGGCAUGGGCCCGCACGGCUGUACCCGAGCCCCACAGCCCGACCCCGCGGUGAUGCGGGGCGCAGGGACGGCCCGCUCCGGCCGCCGGGAGGCUCAGCCCCGGAGGGGCCCACGGGCAGCAGCGACCCCCGCCCGAGCCGUGAGGGCAGCGCGGAGGGACCCCCGCCCUGCCGCCAGCAGCGGCCCCCGGGGGCCUCCCGCUCGGCGCGGCCCGGGUGUGGGGAGGCACCGGGGAGGGGCGGGCGGUGCCUGCCCGCGGGGGGAGCGGAGCGCGGAGCCCCCUCCCCCGCCCGGCCGCUGGCUGCCGCCUCUCCCCGCCGCUCGGCCGGCCCGCGCCGCCACCGCCGCCUCCAUCUUGAGCGUGUGUCCCCUGCUCCCCCCCCCGCCUCCGCAGCACCGAGAGCGUCGGGGGCGCUGGAGCCCCGGGGGGGAGCGGGGGGGAGGUGAGGGUGGUGGGGGGCGAAGCGGCACCGGGGCCGGAGCGGCAGCGGCGGGAGAAGCGGCGGCGGCAGCGGCAAUGAGGAGGCGGCGCUGAGGAGGCGGCAGUAGCCGGAGCGGACGGAGCCGACAUCUUGUGCCCUCCCCUCCCGCCGCCGGCUGGGUGAGCCCGUCCGCCCCAGGGGGGAGGGGAGGGGGAGGCGGAGAGAAUUUAAAAAAAAAAAAAAAAAAAAAAAAAGGAAAAGAAAAAAAAAAAAGGAAAAGAAAAACAAAAACAAAAAUUCCCCCCAAAAGGAGGCGGCGGCAACGGUGGAGAAGCCGCGGCAGCGGCGCGCUGAGCCGGCCAGGGUCUCUGGACCACAGGGAUGAGGAAGCCUCGGAGGAGGUGCCGGCAGCACUUGGAGGGGAGGCGUUCCCCCUCGCCCUACAGCCUCAAGUGCUCGCCCACGCGCGAGACGCUGACCUACGCGCAGGCCCAGCGCAUCGUGGAGGUGGACAUCGACGGGCGGCUGCAUCGCAUCAGCAUCUACGACCCCCUGAAGCUCAUCACCGAGGACGAGCUGACAGCCCAGGACAUCACCGAGUGCAACAGCAACAAGGAGAACAGUGAGCAGCCCCUCUUCGCUUCCAAGUCUAAGAAAACACCUUCCAAAGGCAAGAAGAAGGAGUCCUGCUCCAAACAUGCUCCCGGGAUAUCUUUGCACUUGCCCCAGCCCAAGUUCCGUGUGGUGGACUCCUUCAGCCAGCCAGAUGCCCCUCCCCUCCCUGCUGCCUACUACCGGUACAUUGAAAAGCCUCCCGAGGACCUGGACGUAGAGGUGGAGUAUGACAUGGAUGAGGAGGAUCUGGCGUGGCUGGAGAUGGUCAACGAGAAGAGAAGGGCUGAUGGAUAUGGGUCAGUUUCUGCUGACACUUUUGAGCUGCUGGUGGAUCGGUUGGAAAAGGAGUCGUACCUCGAGAGCCGGAACAACGGGGCUCAGCAGUCCCUCAUCGAUGAGGACGCCUUCUGCUGCGUCUGCAUGGACGAUGAGUGUCACAACAGCAAUGUCAUCCUGUUCUGUGACAUUUGCAAUCUGGCCGUGCACCAGGAGUGUUACGGUGUGCCCUACAUCCCCGAGGGGCAGUGGCUUUGCCGCUGCUGCUUACAGUCCCCUUCUCGCCCUGUGGAUUGUGUCCUUUGCCCAAACAAAGGAGGAGCCUUCAAGCAGACCAGCGAUGGCCGCUGGGCUCACGUGGUCUGUGCCAUCUGGAUCCCAGAGGUCUGCUUUGCAAACACUGUGUUCCUGGAGCCCAUCGAAGGGAUCAACAACAUCCCCCCAGCUCGCUGGAAGCUCACAUGCUGCAUCUGCAAGCAGAAGGGCAUGGGAGCUGCUAUCCAGUGCCACAAGGUGAACUGUUACACCGCCUUCCACGUCACCUGCGCGCAGAGAGCCGGGCUCUUCAUGAAGAUUGAGCCCAUGAGGGAAACCAGCGUCAACGGCACGACGUUCACCGUGCGCAAGACUGCCUACUGUGAGAGCCACUCCCCGCCUGGCACGGUCAGAAGAGGGGGCCCAGCUGCUGGUGGUGGUUGGCAGGAGGUCACUGUGAAGGAGGAGGAAGAGGAGGAAGUCAAUUCUGGCCCUCCCAAAGGGUCUGUGAAGAAAAACCAAGUGAAAUUGAAGCAAAAGAUCAAAAAGGAGCCUGGUGACGUGACCAAAGGGCGUUCGUCCAUGCCCGUGGUGACCGUUGCACAAAUUCCCUCUUACAGGCUGAACAAGAUCUGCAGUGGGCUCUCCCUGCAGAGGAAGAACCAGUUCAUGCAGAGGCUGCACAACUACUGGCUGCUGAAGCGGCAGGCGAGGAACGGGGUGCCCCUGAUCCGGCGGCUGCACUCGCACCUGCAGUCCCAGAGGAACGCCGAGCAGAAGGAGCAGGAUGAGAAGACGAGUGCAGUGAAGGAGGAGCUGAAGUACUGGCAGAAGCUCCGGCAUGACUUGGAGCGGGCUCGGCUGCUCAUCGAGCUCAUCCGAAAGAGGGAGAAGCUCAAACGGGAGCAGGUGAAGGUGCAGCAGGCUGCCAUGGAGCUGCAGCUGACCCCGUUCAACGUCCUGCUCCGCACAACCCUGGACCUGCUGCAGGAGAAGGACGCUGCCCAGAUCUUCACAGAGCCUGUUAACCUGAACGAGGUUCCAGAUUACCUGGAAUUCAUUUCCAACCCAAUGGAUUUUUCCACCAUGAGGCGGAAGCUGGAGUCCCACCUGUACCGAACCUUGGAUGAGUUUGAGGAAGACUUUAACCUUAUAGUUGCCAACUGCAUGAGGUAUAAUGCUAAAGACACGAUUUUCCACCGAGCAGCUGUCCGGCUCCGGGACCUCGGGGGAGCGAUUUUGCGUCACGCGCGGCGCCAGGCCGACAGCAUCGGCUUUGACACUGGCGUGGGGAUUCACCUGCCUGAGUCGCCCAAGCCCCACGACUUUUACCGCUUUUCUUGGGAGGAUGUGGAUAACAUCCUGGACCCGGCGAACCGGGCUCACCUGUCUCUGGAGGCACAGCUGAAGGAGCUGCUGGAGAAGCUGGACACGGUGAGCACCAUGCGCUCCAGCGGCGCCCGGACGCGGCGCAUCCGGCUCCUGCGGCGCGAGAUCAACUCCAUCCGCCACAAACUGGCCCAGCAGCAGAGCAAGGCCCUGCCCAACGGGGACGCUGUGCCACGGGAGGGGCUGGAGACAACAGCCAGGGAAGGGGACGAGGAAGGGGAGAAAGCAGAUGGUGCCAAGCUCCAGUACCCUCCAACCCUGGAGCCCACAGGACCCGCACCCACCCUCUCAGAGCUGGACUCUCUGCAGGACCCUCCCACACUCAAACCCAUCAGUGAAAGCAGGUCCCUGAGCCAGCUGCAGAGGAGGACGGCGUCGGACAGGGACCUCUUGGACAAGAAGGCUCUGCAGCAGGAGAGCCAGGCUUUCCAACGCCUGCUGUCCAACAACGGCCUCAACGGCCUGGCCCUGCCCCCUGCAGACCGCCCUGCCAGCCCCGCCCUCGGCAGCGUGGGCCGGCGGACGUCGGUCCUGUUCAAAAAAGCCAAGAACGGUGUGAAGCUGCAGAGGGGUCUGGAGUGCUCCCUGGAGAACGGGGAGGAGCACAGGCAGGGCGGGCAGCACUCUCCCCCCUGCCCCGACGGGGAGCGACAGGCGCGGAAGCGCUCUGCCCUGGGCUCUGGGCUGGUGUUCGAAGCCUGCAGUGGUUUGGUGCCUCCCAAGCGGAGCCGAGGGAAGCCGGCUCUUUCUCGGGUGCCCCUCUUGGAGGGUGUGAAUGGAGACUCUGAUUUCAGUGGCUCAGGCAGGCCUCUCCUGAUGUCCUUUGAGAGCCAGGCUGAGCUGGAGCCCCUGGAGCUGGUGUGGGCCAAGUGCCGUGGUUAUCCCUCCUACCCUGCCUUGAUUAUUGACCCCAAGAUGCCACGGGAGGGUUUGCUGCACAACGGAGUCCCCAUCCCUGUGCCCCCCAUGGAUGUCCUGAAGCUGGGGGAGCAGAGGCAGACAGAGGCAGGAGAAAAACUCUUCCUUGUCCUUUUCUUUGACAACAAGAGAACCUGGCAGUGGCUGCCACGGGACAAAGUCUUUCCCCUGGGCGUGGAUGACACCGUGGACAAGCUGAAGAUGAUGGAGGGACGCAAAACCAGCAUCCGCAAGUCGGUGCAGGUGGCCUACGACCGAGCCAUGAUCCACCUGAGCCGAGUGCAGGGGGACAACCCCUUCAUCCCAGCCCCCUACCUGUGAGGGGCUGCUGGGGCAGCCCUCCUGCUCCUCCUCAGCUGCAGCUCUGCUCUGCAGCGUGCAGCACCUGCAGCAGCUGCCAGCACGCCUCGGAGUGCCCUGAAACGUGCCAAAAAAACCCCUGUCCGGCUUCUUCCUGAAUGUGUCUUGCUGAAGAGCUGGCAGGAGAUGAAAUGUAGUCUGCAGGGAGUGAGGUAGGUAGGAGAAGCUGACAGCUGACAGGAGCCAAGGUGAGUUGCUGCAGUGAGCAGAGCACACAGCACUUGGAUGUUGGGACCUCACGCGCCGUCCCCUGCCUCUCCUGGACUGCCAGGGUUUUGAGUUGUCAGCCAGUCCCAGGUAAUUGCUGGGAACCUGGCACCCCCAGGAUUCUUUACAGAAAUCCCAACUGGACUUUCUCGUGCCAAAUUGACCCUGACCAUCAUUUGCCUUUUCAUUUUUCGUUAGAUGACGUUGUCCUGUCACAUAAAAACUGCACAGAAUCACAGCUGGGAGCUCUGAUUGUGAUUCUCCUGCCUACCUACAUUGUGUUUUCAUGUUUAGAUUUCUCUCACUGCAUUUAGAAAAGCUUGAGAUUUUGGUAACUUUCCCCCUGCACAGUUUCAUGCACAGAUGCACAGAGCUUUAAAGAUGAAAAUCAAAUUACCUGAUCGUGUCUAUAUGUAUGUCUUAGAAAUUGAUUUUGUAGUUUCACAUUUCAGUUCUGAUUUCUGCGACUCUGCUUGUUGCAGUAACAUUUCAUAUCAUGACUUAGCACAGUACCUAAGAAAAGAUAACUUCCUUUUUUUGAGAAGUAAUUUUGGAGGUGUCUGUUGAGCUGGAGCAGCUCCUCAGGCACUGAGGUUGAUCAGGGUUGGAGGGAGAUGCAUCUUUUGUGUUGGUUUAUGCACACUUGGUGUAAGGCUCCUCUUCCUUUUUUCCCCCCUCCUCUUCUCUGUCUCCCUGUUUUCCUCUGCCACAUUUUGGACUGAAACCAAGCACUGAGCAGAGCACACGACCCUUCUGCUGCUCCCCCUUCUCCCCCUCGUGCACACCCUUCCCCGGUGGGUGGGUCUGCAGUGCUGUCAUCCAGGUAAACCCAGACAGUCCCUGCUGGUUUGGGUUUGCAAAACAAAACAAAACAGGGACAAACUGAUGUUUGGGAACUCGGUGACGAAAUCUUUUCUAUUAGCCAAGGACUUUAUGAUUUCUCUGAUCUCUUCUGUUGCAUUUCCCUCUUUGCUUUCCCCAUUUUAAAGAGCCAAAGGUGCAAAGCAAGAUUGUAGAUUGAAUAUCAUCACUUUGCUUUUUAACUCAGUAUUUUUAAAUUAUUUUUAACUUUUUCAUACUGAAGAGAAUGUGGAGUCAAAAUAAUAAUAAUGAUAAUAAUAAUAAUAAUUAAUGAUAAUGAACAGUAGGGAGUAAUCACUGCCAUUUCUACUUGCUCUACUUUUUUAAAAUACCACUUCUUAUACAUUGGGGCGUGGAACUGCAUUUGAAGGAAUUUUAAGAUUCCUUUGACAUACAGAGAUGGGGCAUAGGAGUUUGUAAAAAUAUUCAUAGUGAUAACAAUGCCCGUGGAGUGUGGCUAGGGAAGGAUGUUGUGUAUAUAGCUGUAAAAUGUUCUAAAUUAUUUACACCUCUUGUCACCAUUCUUGAAGUCCUCAGUUGUGUUGCUGGGUCUUUUAUAUGCACACAGUGUAAUUUAUUUCAAGGAACAUACACUUUUCCAGGUGGUAGCUCAGCUGUGGACUAGUGACCUGUGUAUAUGUUUUAAGGUCUUGGGAGUUGGUCUUUUUUUUCUUUUUUUUUUUCUUGUUUUGUUUGGUUUUUAAAUGAGUUUAGAAUUUGGAUUGGCUGAUAUCCUGUUGUUGCUACAGAACCUAAAUGUUACUGUCAGUCUGCUGUAAAGCACAGAUUGCUCUAUUUAUUGUAGAAAGUGAGUUUAUUUGCUUUCUAGAAUUGUUUAUAUCAGAUGGUAUAAGAGAAGUAAUAAGAAAAUCUAUGCUUGUAAAGAAAAAAAAAAGCUAAUUUUACCUACUAUAAUCUGACUGUCUGAGACUAUAUUUUCUCUCUGAGAAAUAAAUGUUCUAAUGUAUGGAAAAAAAAAGCAAAACAACAAACCACCACCCUCAGAAAGAGUUCUUCCUUGCUAACGUUGUCCUGAAAUCCAGAACUUACCGUGCUGGUUGUUAAUUAUCCCCGUGGUCCCAGGGCAGGUGGGCAGAGCAGUGACAGGGAGGUGACACAGGGAGAGGUUUCUUGUUCUGCCUCCCUCAUGUCCUGUGUCCCCCGUGCAGUGGGUGCCACCUUUGGCUGCUGCAUGGAGAGGUCCCACCUUGUGCUGGUUUUGUUUGUAGGGUUUUUUUUUUUUUGUUUGUGUGGAGUUUUUUUAAUUAUUUCCUUUUUUUAGUUGAUGUUAAACUGAGGACCACUCUGCUUUCUCAGAGAAAAACAAGAGGCACACACAAUCAAAGUCCAACUGCCUGAGAAAAACAAGUGCACCUUAGGAAAGUGAUUUCUUGAGAUCCUGUUUGGAGUUUUAUUGGCAACAAGGUUCUGCCUGUCGCACGCUUGGCCCGGGCCUCACUGCCUGCUGCUCCCUUCCCUUGGGGAACGUGGAGGCCUGGGAGCCUCCAGCCCUGCCAGGAAAGCCCUGGUGGCCCAGCUGGAGUGCUGGGAGAAGCCCAGGGUGGCCCAGAUCUGUCCCCUCAGGUGCUCCCAGCUCCAGCCCCUGGCACAGCACAGAGGGGCUGCCCACGGCAGGGAAUGGCCCUGGCAGCAGCCCCAGCUGCUGGAGUUAACACAUCCACAGCAGGACCUGCCCUCCGGGCUGCUGGGGGGACAGCAGUGACAGCGGCCCUGGCUGCUGGGGACAGCCACUGCUGCAGCCAGGACCGUUCCUCCCUGCAGAGCAGCCUGGCACAGCCCUGCCCUGCAGGGCCCGGGGGCACUGCCAGCC